AGGGGCUGCGCGCGUCCAGGUGACUCUGCAGCAGACAUGUCUGAAGAUGAGGCUGCUGAGGCUCCCAGCCCCAGUUCAUGGGAGCAUGACCAGCAGAAACCCAUUUUAUAGAUACAGAAACCAAGGCACAGAGCCGUUAAAUCACUUGCACAAGUUCACAAAGCUGGGCAGUGGCUGAACCAGGACUGAAAACAGAACGUGGUGCAGCGUAUGGUGGCUCUGCCUCUGGUUAGGGACACAUGUACUGCAGUCUUCAAUGCUUACAGUGCAGCUAAGGACAGGCACCCACUGCUGGGCUCCGCUUGCCGCCUGGCUGAGCACUGUGUGUGUUCCCUGACCACCCAGGCCCUCGAACAUGCCCAGCCACUGCUUGACCACCUGCAGCCCCAGUUGGCCACAGUGAAUGAUCUUGCCUGCAGAGGCCUGGACAAGCUGGAAGAGAAAUUACCCUUCCUCCAGCAGCCUUCAGAGACGGUGCUGGUAACCCACAACUCCUUCAACAACCCCUCUGAUGGGCUCAGCGCCCGUAGCUCAGUGGUGACCACAGCCAAGGAUACAGUGGUCAGUGGUGUCACAGGCAUGGUGGACCUAGCACGACGGGGCCGGCGCUGGAGUGUGGACCUGAAGCACUCCAUGAGCCAUGCUGUGGAUGUUGUGCUGGAGAAGUCCGAGGAGCUGGUGGACCACUGCCUGCCCAUGACCGAGGAGGAGCUGGUGGCACUGGCGGCUGAGGCUGAGGGCCCAGAAGUGGGCUCAGUGGAGGAUCAGAGAAAACAACAGGGCUACUUUGUGCGUCUGGGCUCCCUGUCAUCACGGAUCCGCCACCUGGCAUAUGAGCACUCUCUAGGGAAACUGAGGCAGAGCAAACGCCGUGCCCAGGACGCAUUGGCCCAGCUGCAGGAGACACUGGAGCUGAUUGACCUCAUGCAGGGCGGGGUGACCCCCAGUGUCCCAGCCUUCCCUCAGAAGGUACACAAGCUGUUCGGGGAGUGGAGCCAGCACCCUCUGCAGAACGGCCAGCGCCAAAGCCAGGCGGAGCUAGAGACUCUGGUGCUGUCCCGCAGCCUGACCCAGGACCUGAGGAGCACGGUGGACGCCCUGGAGGCCAACGUGCGGGGCUUGCCUGCUGGCGUCCAGGAGAUGGUGGCUGAGGUGCGGCGUAGUGUGGACGCCCUGCAGGCCACCUUUGCCAAUGCCCGCUCUUUGGAGGAUGUGCCAGCAACUGCAGUGGCCGAGGGCCGGGGCAGUGUGGCACGGGCACACGCCUGUGUAGACGAGCUGUUGGAGCUAGUGGUGCAGGCUGUGCCACUGCCCUGGCUGGUGGGGCCCUUUGCACCUAUCCUUGUGGAGUCCCCCGAACCCCUGCCUGACCUGGCAGCCUACGUCGACGAGGUUGUUGGAAGCCCUGACCCUCGCUGGGCACAUCUGGACUGGCCAGCUCAGCAGAGAGCCUGGCAGGCCCAGCAUGGGGAAGGGGACAUUCGUGAGGAGGAGCUAGACCCUCCCAGGCCCUCCAUCAAGCACACUCUCAUGCCAGAGUUGGACUUUUGACUGUGGGUGCCCACAUGCCAAGGUCCCAGCUGCUCCCCUGUGGCUCUACAUAAGCACCAAGUCAAUAACACUUUGUACCUGUAAUGUGGGACCCUCCGGUCUUUCCCUUGGAUCGGUAGGAAAGAACCCUGGAGAACCACAAGGACUUUAGUCCUGAGCUGGAUUCUUCAUCUCUGUCCUGUUCCCCAACCCCAAGAAGCUGAUUGAAACUCUCUCAAUAGCUGGGAGUGAGCAAUAGGUGGUGUGGUGGACGCCUGUAGUCCCAGCUACUUGGUAGCUGAGACAAGAGGAUCACUCAAGCCCAAAGUUUGAUGUUGCUGUGAGCUAUGAUGCCUUAGCACUCUACUGAGGGAGACAAAGUGAGACUGUGUCUCAAAAGAAAAGAAAAAAGAAACUCCCCCCCAAAACACGUUUGCCCAGUGGCUUCUAUAAUAUUUGGGGCUUUGAAAAGUGAGACCCCUUCUCCCCCAGCUUGAAUAUACUGGAUUGAGGGGUCCCCCCAAAGCCUCCCAACUGUGCCAGACCCACGUGCUUAGCCAUUUGGGAAUCAUGCUCCAGAAUAAAGGUGCUUUGUGUUGUCCAGA